CCCCCCAAGGUUAAAACAGCUGGGCAGACAGCCAGACUUCCUGCAGAAACCAUAGCGCUAUGAGAGCCUGAGAGAGGGGGGGUGGGGUAAAGAGAGAAAAUGGGACAGAUAUACAAACACAUAGAAGCACAGAGAGAGAGCGAGACAGAGACACAAGUAGAGAAAAGGAAAAGUAGACAGGACUAAAAGCAGAGAUGAAAGACUCGGUCAGGAGAUUUGGGAUCUGAAGAGCUCAGCAGCUGAAGAAUACUGGGCCCGAGAUCUGUUGCAGGCAAGGGAGGGAGGAGAGAGGAGGAGAGAGAGAGAGAGAGAGAAGUACAAAUGAAAAUGUGAAAACUAAAGCGAGGGAUGAUCAUAUCCAUAUGGGGAGCUGCUGCGAAUGAAAACAGGAAGAGAAAAGGCAGAGAAGGAAGGGGGGAGGAAAGACACAAGAGGACAGCAAAACUGCUCAAAGAGAAAGAAACCCGAUUCAGCCUAGUUCAGCCUGGUUCAGCCUGGUUGGGCCAUGGCGACAGCAGCCUGGUACCAUCGUGAUAUCAGCCGGGUGCGGGCCGAGGACUACCUCGCCCGGGCCGGGAGGGACGGCAGCUUCCUGGUUCGGGACAGCGAGUCGGUGCCUGGGGCCUACGCACUGUGUCUGCUGUUUCAGUGCCAUGUUCACACCUAUCGAAUCCUGCCUGACGAGGAAGGCUUACUGGCCGUGCAGACGACGCAGGGGGUGCAGGUGAACUGUUUCCGGACGCUGGCGGACCUGGUCUCGGGUUACCAGCAGCCUCACAAGGGCCUGGUGAUCCCCCUGCUGUACCCCGUGGGGAACGAGAGCGAGGCGGGUGACGACGGCUCAGAUGGGGAGGAUGAGAGACCCGGUCCAGCCUGGUCCCAGAGUGCAGUGCAGGCCAGUCCCAGCAGUGCUGUUACAGGGGACUCUCGUCCCCCGCUCCCUACGCAGACCUCCAUCCCCGUCCUCCUCCAACAGCGGCUGCAGGAGCUGAGCCCCCCCAGUGGGGCGAACAACCUGAUUGGCUUGGCAAGUGAGUACCUGCGCACCCAGCUACACCUGGACCUGGAGGGAGUGAGGAACGGGAACUCGAACCUGCAGCACUUCAAUAAGGCUCUGGGGGCUGCCUGUGGAGGGCUGCACAGUGAGAUUGACCUAACCCUGUCCAGUCUGGAGACCCUGGCCAAGGUGUUUGACGAUGCAAGCCCGUCCCUUACCUCGGCUAAGACACAGGGUGUGCCAGGAGGGGGAGCCUCAGAUCUGGGGAGCCUCAUCACUAAGAUCUCCUCCCUGAACAGUCUGCUGUCCUCACUGGAGAGAAAGGUGCUGAAGGCCCUACAGGAGGCAGUGUCCAAUCACAGCCUGACAGUGCCGCCAGCCCCGCCCACUGGGACCGCCGCCAUCGCUCGCACAAACGCCAGAGCCAUGCCUGUUCACACGUUCCAGGUGAAGGUGGGUCGUGCUGGCAGGCUGGCUCUGCAUAUCGAUGUGGACGGAGGGAGGCUGAUCUUCGAUAAGAGACCUGGGGCCUCACACGAGGAAUGCAUCUCGCACGACAGGAUCCUGCAGCUGGUGAAGUACCGGAGUGCUCAGAACCGGCUCCGGAUGGUCCUGGACUCCCAGAAGAACCAGCAGAGAGAGGUCAUGUUUGAAAACGCCCGGAAGAGGGAGGCGUUCUGCCAGCUGCUCCAGCUCAUGAAGAUGAGGCACUCCAAGCAGGACGAGCCAGAUGUCAUCUCCGUCUUCGUGGGCACUUGGAACAUGGGCAAUGCCCCUCCUCCCCGUGGCCUGACCUCUUGGCUCACCUCAACUGGUCUGGGACGUGUGCAGGACGAGACCACAGCGGCGCUGCCCCAUGACAUCUAUGCCAUUGGAACACAGGAGAACACUCUGGGCGAGCGGGAGUGGGCCGAACACCUGAGGGGGGCUCUGCGGAGCAUCACCGACAUCGACUUCAAAGUGGUGGCGCUGCAGUCUCUUUGGAAUAUCAAACUGGCGGUGCUGGUGAAGCCGGAACACGAGCACCGCAUCAGCCAUGUGGGCACCUCGAGUGUGAAGACUGGCCUGGGCAACACGUUGGGGAAUAAGGGAGCAGUCGGGGUCUCCUUCCUCUUCAACGGGACCUCCUUUGGCUUCGUCAACUGCCACCUCACCUCCGGCAGUGACAAGACAAUCAGGAGGAACCAGAACUGCCAGGACAUCUUGCGCCUGCUGUCUCUGGGGGACAAGCAGCUGAGUGCCUUCGACAUCAGCCUGCGCUUCACUCACCUCUUCUGGUGCGGAGACCUCAACUACCGGCUGGAGCUGGACGUGGAGGAGAUCCUGAGACACGUCACCAAGCGAGAGUUCGAAGAGCUGAUGUGUGCUGACCAGCUGACCCGCGAGCGUGACAAGAGGAAGGCCUUCCUGCACUUCAAUGAAGAGGAGAUCGCAUUCCCGCCCACCUACCGUUACGAGAGGGGGUCCAGGGACUGUUACCUGUGGCAGAAAUACAAGACCACUGGGGUGCGGAUCAACGUCCCCUCGUGGUGUGACCGCGUGCUCUGGAAGUCCUACCCAGAGACACACCUCGUCUGCACCUCCUACGGCUGCACUGAUGACAUCACCACCAGCGACCACUCCCCUGUCUUUGCCUCAUUCCAAGUCGGAGUGACAUCACAAUUCGUCUCGAAGAAAGACCCGGGUUUGAGUGUGGAGCGAGCCUGCAUUGAGCUGGAGGGGAUUGAAGCCAUUGUGAAGACCGCCAGCAAAUCCAAGUUCUUUAUUGAAUUCCACUCCUGCUGCCUGGAAGAGUUCAGGAGGUCGAGUGAGAAUGAUGCUCAGAGCUGUGAGGUGACUGGAUUCUUGAAGCUGGGCUGGUCAGCCAAACAGCUACCCAAGCUCACCCCGAUCCUGCCUGACAUGGAGUACCUCCAGGAUCAGCACUUGCUUCUCUCUGUCAAGUCCUGUGAUGGAUACGAGUCAUACGGUGAGUGCUGUAUUGCGCUGCGUUCCCUCAUCGGCAGCACUGCCCAGCAGUUUGAGAUGUUCCUGACUCACCGGGCUGAGGAGAUGGGCUCCAUUCGCGGGCGUGUUCGUGUUUACGUGCCAAAGGACAGGCGCGGAACGAGAGAGAGGAUCUAUGAGUGCUUCUGCUUUGAGAAGGAUGAUAACGGGGAGGUGAGAGGUGGGCUGUCUCCCCAGACACCCCUCAGCCACGGUGCAAGCAACGCUCCAGCCUCCUCUGAAACCCCCAGCAGCUACACCAACCCUGCCUACUUCAUAUUUGAGGCGGUCGUCCCGCCACAGAAAGGGCCCCCAGAGGGGGGGCGAGCUCCACCAGCCAGUGAAUCCCAGCCAGUGUGGCACAAAGACCCCACACUGCACCCCAAACUGCUGACACAGGACAGCAAAUCUCCUCGCAGAGCCAACUUUGCUGAAAUUGAAAUCCCGGGGUACACCCCUCACUACCAGAGCCCCCGAGAAUGCACAUCGCAGCCCGGCUCCUCCUACCAGCUCUUCCCUGCCAAGGACCAAGCCCCAGUGAGCACAGCCCAGCCCAGAGCAACACCAGAGACCAGCCUGUAUAGCGACCAGUCCUUACAGUACAAUGCCUCUUUGUAUAAGGAUCUGCCCUCUCUGAAUAGGGACCAGCAGAACUACUAUAUGAAACAUGCUGAUGUGUAUGAAGAGCAGUCUUCAUUCUAUAAGGACCUGCACAAACUGAAUAAGGACCCACCCCUUUUCUAUAAGGCCCAAGUCAAGAACCUGCCUCCGAGGCACUCCCGAGUUAAGACUGCUGCUCCCUGGAUCGUGGAGCCUCAGUUUGGAGGCAAUGCGGGAGACCACUCCCUCACCGCGCUCCAGAUUGCCAAAUCACUCAGCGAAGUGGACUUCCAGCCAAUCAGAAGCGAGUAUUCAGUCCCCAGGGGGCGGGGGCGGGGGCCGGUGUUUGGAGUCCCUGCUUUCUCUGCUGUGUGGAGUCGAGGAGGCUGCUGGGAGCCCCACCUAGGACAGCGAGAGGCGCUGGCAGUGCGAGGUGUGCCAGGGACAGUGGGGGAGUGGCUCAGGGUGCUGGGGCUGCAGCGCUACGAAGCGGGACUCAGCCUGAAGGGCUGGAAUGAGCUGGAAUACUUCAGUGACAUCACUGAAGAGGACUUGCUGGAAGCUGGGGUGAGGAUCCCCGCCCAUAGGAGGGUGAUCCUGGAAAACCUUCGUGAAAUCUGGGAUUAGCGAUUGGAGUUGUGGAAAUAGCAACUGCACUAGGAUUGACCUCUUUCUCAUCGUGGCUCGUGUGUCUGUGCUUGAAUGAGCCGAAGAGACUAUCAUUGGAGCUCUGCAAGUUUUUAUUCUUCCCUGUGUUGGAGAGAUAUCAUCUCCCUGUGGCCUGUUAUCUGUUCACUGGGAAAUAGACAUCCAGUCCUUAUUGAAUUGUAUUCAAGUGGCUGUGGUUGGUUUCAUCAUGCAGACAGCCAGGCUUAUCCUAAUUCGUCCCCUGGCCCCCCUGUGUCAUGCAUGAUCUGUUUCUGAUAUCUCCUACUGUUUUGAAAUUAAAUGCUACAUUUACCUAAUAUUCAUUUCCAGUACAAGGGUGUGCAUUUCUUUAUCAGGGAUUAGAGCUGACCUUGUUUCACAGCCACCCUUGCAAUUACUUCUGUUUUAUAAGCUAGCCACCCACACCCACCCACCUCCGAAGCGUGUGCCGUCAGCUGACCGCUUCUUGUCACUCUGCAGAUUCAUCAUGCAGCCACCUCAGAGCUACGGCGUCGGAGGACAACAUAACUCUGGGCAGCUUAAAGGCAAGUCCACAGACGCCCUGCCAGACUACAGGGGUUACUGGUGUGCGGUGAUCUGGGGACACACCUGUUUGUUCCCAUUAUUGAGGAGAUUCUCCUUAUGGAGGAGAUAAGAGGGUGGUUGGGAGAGUCACCUGUUUGAGUUCAGUCUUUAUCUUUAUGGGACUGUGUCAGAUGCAGGCAGUAAAACACAUUUUACACAAUCAUGCCUUUUCUUGCCAAACUCUGUCACAAAUGGAAAUCUUUGCCUCUUUAACUGUCCUGUGUUGGACUGCUGGAGCGUGUGAUUGGUGCUCAGCUGCUUGCCCUAUAGCAGGGAUACAGUAGGAUCAGUGCCCAUGUGGGCUCCCCAGUAUCGCCUCAAGCUGCCCUGCUAUACUGUCUUACACUAAGAAAGUUUUACAAGGGAGGUUAACAAGUCUUAGCUUUUGAGUUGAACUGUAGCCUUGAUAAAAGGGGAAACUGAUUUGCUUUUGCAAGCUAAACAGUUUCGAUGUGUAUUAAUAAAGCUGAAGAACCUGCACAGCCCUGAAUAGACAAUCAUGUUUUGUUUUACUGAGCUUCUGCUCUGGCACAAAACUAUUCUUUUAAAAGGAAAUUCAAAGGGUUACUGAAUUAAUGCCUAUCUUUUCACCAAGGAAAAAUUCCACAUUAUUGCUGCAAAGGGAGAAACAAACAACUCCAAAGUACUUAAGAGAACUCCAAUUACAUUGUUUAGCAGGCAGGCAGGCAGGAAGGCAGGCAGGAAGCAAUCCUCAGCACAUUCAAAUGCUCUCAUCAUCAACUUCCCCUAAUCGGCAAGCCUGACACUUCUCAAAUUCAGUUCCACUUUGCGUCUGGGGUUAUCCAAACUUGCAAUGGGAAUUGACAAAGGCUCCCACCAUUGUAAACACUGGAGAAAGUGUUUAAUUGUGCUUAUACGCUGUGACCAUUUAAAAAUAGAAAAAGGGUCGAUUUUCAAAUACACACACAGUACCAGCCACCUAGAAAAUCCAGGUACAUUGACUGAGGAAACAGAGACCUGGAUGGUGACUUUAGGAGAUAGAAAUGUAGCUCUAAGGAACUGAUUGGAAUCUUAAUGGAAGAGGCUUAAGAAUCUCUUGUUGAAUUAAUCUUGGACAGUACUGGGAGUUAUAUGAGUGACUCAGUGUCCUGUGUGAUUUUUUUUUUUCUGGUUAUCAAAAUUAGAUAAAUAAAUGACUUAAACACACAAACUGUCUUCAGUUCUGGAGCACAACGAACCUGGGAAGUGUGAGCGAACGUUUUAGGUCAGCAGCAGUUACUGAUUACAAGCGAAUGCCUGAGUCCUCAGGAGGCGAAUUCCAGCUGCUAUCUCCCAGGGGUCAGUGACUUUCUCAUAGGAGAAUGAUUGAAAUGGUCCUAGCAAGACUGUGUGUUCUGAUAAGUCAGCCGCUGCUCUUUGAAUCUAGCUGCCCUAUGCAGUGUAUUGCCAGGAAGACGGAAGAAAGUGGCAGCUCACAAUAUGGUGCUGGCUGUUGCUGCUAUGACAACACUGAUGCAGCCAAUAU